CUUUGAAGGCAGCAUUGCGUCACGUGACCAGUGCACAGCUGAGGGAUGCUGAGGCUUGCCCGUUGCUAGCCUGUUAGCCAUUAGCCGUGUCCAGUAAUCCUGCCAGAAACAGCCGUUUCUUUUCACCUUUUCGAAGAAAAUCACCCGGGGGAGAUAUGUUACAAGCCAUGGAGAGGAUACAGCGCACGUGGUCGUCUUCUGUAUCCCCUCAUAUCAUCAGCUUUUGGUUAGAUGUCAAUGUCAAAAUUUGUAGCUAGAGCUGUCCAGUUAGCUCAGCUAGCUUGUGUCUGGUUAACGCAGGACCAAGGCCAAGCGAGAAAAGGGAGGCCGUCGGGCAGUUGCUGUGUAGGUGGACGGAGGAGGAGAGGAGUAGGACGUUGGCCCUGGAUCAGACCUUCUGAAGUCCCCUCCACUGUGGCCUUGGUCACCGUCACCCUCAGCUGAGCAAUGUCUUCGUCAGGGUGCUGCCACCUACCUGGCUCCCUUUGUGAUUACUCGGGGAACGCCGAAUCUGAUGCCUCCAAGGAUUCGGAGGAGUCCGAUUCUACCGCGCAGGCCCAGUACAUCGCCAAGGUGACGGCUAAAGAUGGCCGCCCACUCUCCACCGUUGUCAAAGCGGUGAGCUUGCAGAGUGACGUGGGCAUGUGUCGGAUCUGUCAUGAGGGAGCCGGAGGGGAGACGCUGCUCUCCCCCUGCGACUGCACUGGCACUCUGGGUAAAGUGCACAAGAGCUGCUUGGAGAAGUGGCUGUCCUCCUCCAACACCAGCUACUGUGAACUGUGUCACACAGAGUUCACUAUUGAACGACGACCACAACCACUCACACAGUGGCUGAAGGACCCAGGCCCUCGCAGUGAGAAGCGCACGCUGCUGUGCGACAUGGCGUGUUUCCUUCUGAUCACGCCCCUGGCAGCCAUCUCUGGCUGGCUGUGUCUGAGGGGAGCCCAGGACCACCUGCAGCUGAAGAGCAGACUGGAGGCUGUCGGCCUCAUCGCCCUCACCAUCGCCCUCUUCACCAUCUACAUCCUCUGGACACUGGUUUCAUUUCGGUAUCACUGUCAGUUGUACUCGGAGUGGAGGAGGACCAAUCAGAAAGUGCGCCUGCUCAUGCCCGACAUGAAAGGGGCCCACACCACCCAGCGUUCUGUGCCGACCAAGUCGACCAAGAAAAUGACUGACGAGACCAUCGUAUGAGUGCAGAGCGGUGGCAAGAGGAAUAUUUAAAAUAACGCCCGCCCACUGAAGCGCUCUCUAAAACAAAACAAAAAGUAAUCGUAUUAAUAAACUUUUGCACUUCAUAAGGACCAUUUUGAGAGGGGAGAGCUCCUUUCUCCUCCUGUUUUUCGUUUGUUGAAGCACUUGAUGUAAACUACUACAGUAUUGGCUGACCACAAAAGUGGUUUUGGGGAAGAACUCAUUCCGGAGUCAAAGUCGAUGUCUGAAACACGGACAGCCAGCACUGGGAUGUGAACGACUGAACACGCGAAUACCGGACUACCCAGCCCAACUGUGUGUCCCUGAUACAAACUUAAGAAAUAUUAAGACACAAGCUAAUGUAGCAGGAUAUUACUGAUUCAGCAUGCUACUACAGUAUAAUAUGAAACAUAUUCACUACCUAUAAUUCUCCCCCCCCCAUGUCCCUUCACAAUGUAUUUAGCUGUGUUUUUGAACAAUGGGCAGCCAAUAAUAGCCCGGCAGAAGGAUAAUAAUAACCUAAAACCUAAAAAAAACUUGAUUGACAAAGUCUGUCUGUGAAUAUUCAAGUUGAGGGCAACAGUCGCUCAUACCAACGUUGUUGUCUACAAUCUGAACCCCUUUAAAGUUUCCUGGUAAAGCCUUAUCAUUGCUGUGUGAACGGUGGAAAUUGAAUAUUUUUAUUCCUUGUUUAGACAAGAGCUAAGGCAUCACAUAUUUGUCAAACUUGUCCCGGGUGUCAGUGAAGAUUGUACUACGUGGGAUAACACUAACUGCAGCCGUUAAACGGCAGUGCACUAAUAUAGGGAAAUAGUAUUGAAGGUGUGGUAAAAGUGUUCUUUUUUGGGUUCUAAUUUGGAUAACGUCUCUACUAUUGUCAUAAAAGUGCAUUAGCAAACAGCCCUGCUCCCCUUGUAAAUGCACCAUUCAUUAAUUGAGAUACCUGACCAGUAGUUAUGUCCUACAUCACGAGAGAUUUGAUUGAAAUUAGAAGAGAUCCAGUGUUCACAAUAGUGAGACUAUAUACUUUAGUCCUAUAUAAAAACACAGAUGUACCAGAGUAGGCUGGUACUCAGUAAAGGUGCAAAAGAGAAAUGUGUUUUCAGAUGUCAGUGUAUGCACCAUAUGCUAUACAAAGUAUUUUGUGUUAUUGUAGUCUUCCUGCUGCAUCCCCCCCACCCCCGGAAAGUUGGGUUAUUGUGCAAUAAAACAUGAGGGACUCCGGGACUAAAUCAA